GUAGGCCCCACAGAAGUGGCGGGCACAGCCCAUUGUACUCCCGCUCUAAACCGCUCCUCACUUCUUUCACUCUCCCUCAGACUCUGAGUCAGAAAUGAUCAAACUACGCCCUUUAAUUUCCCCUGCCGCCGCCACCGCCGCCGCGCCGCCUCUACUCCGUCUUCUGCGGCUCACCCUGAGCCGACUCUCCUCCUCCGCCGCCGCGGCUCAGCCGAUUCUCGAUUACGACUACUACUGCCAGCUCCACCACGCGCCGCCACGCGAUCAAGCUCCGUUGGCGGACGCGGCGGGCUCGGUUCCCGUGAGGGGAGUGCGGUGGGCGUUCAUAGGGAGCCCAAUCGCCAAGAGGCACGUCUACGCCGAGAGAAUCUCCAAGCUUCUUCAAAUUCCUCACAUUUCCAUGGCCACCCUCGUCCGUCAAGACCUUCACCCUCACUCCUCUCUCUACAGCCAGAUUGCGAAUGCCGUGAAUCGGGGGGAGAUUGUGGCGGAGGAGGAUAUACUAUUAGGGUUGUUGUCAAAGAGAUUGGAAGAUGGAUAUUGGAGAGGAGAGAGUGGAUUUAUACUGGAUGGAAUUCCUCGUUCCAAGAUCCAAGCUGAAAUUCUUUCACAACUGGUUGAGAUUGAUCUAGUGGUGAAUUUCAAAUGCACAGAACAUUGCUUGGUGAAACACAAAAGAGAAGCUGCCUGGAGGGAGAAACUCCAAAUCUUUGCGGAGCAGAGUAAGCCACUAGAAGAUUACUACAAGAAAGAGGAAAAGCUUCUUGACUUUCAAGUCAGUAGUGCACCUGGGGAGACUUGGAAAGGGCUCUUGGCUACUCUGCAUCUACACUCUUCACUGUAGUCCUUGUCUAUAGGUUUGAACUUAUGUAUAUAAGAAGUUUGCAAAUUGCAGAGUCGGAUGCAGUCUCCUGUAUCAGCACAAUUUUGUAAUAUACCAGUUAUAUAAAAAUUAAACGGAUUUUUGACAAUGAA